AGAGAUACCGCUCAGCCUUUGAACCAAUGUAGAAUAAUUCUAUUAUAUAUCCGUGAUCUUUUGACCUGAUGGGUAAGAACAAACCUAUUGAAAAGGCAGGUCCCACGCUAACACAGACGGAGGCAAACAAGAAGAUCAAGAAGGAAUCCACGAAACAGGAAGAGAAUUUUGAGGACAAGAAGGAUUUGCCGAAAGAUGGCGGCGUUAAGCCGGCGAAGAAGGGCCAGAAGUCUGAGAUAGACGAUAUCUUCAGCGCGGGAAAGAAAAAGGUUUUGGAAGGAAAGCGACCAGCCACGGAUGCUGCGUGUCAGGAGUCGGACGCCGCUGCCGUCGCUGCUGCCGCCGCCGCACCGGCAAAACGUCCCCGCGUAGAGGGCAGCAAAGAUGACAUUUUUGGCGAGGCGGCCGGGAAGGGCCGCAGCCGCACCGAGGAGGGCUACGCCAUUUACACGGAGGAAGAGCUUGGACUGGGAAAGAAGGGCGGCGACACGGACCUAUGUCCCUUUGACUGCGACUGCUGCUUCUAAGCUAUACAUCUCCUUUUCAUCAAGCUUUCUUCAUGACUUUCCAACACCGAUUGCUGCUACUGCUACCGCUGCUGUUACUGCGGCGCACCCAGGGGAGCCCUGAGGAAAGCGGGAGCGUGCAAGGCAUUUCCGAGGGAACCCCCGGCCCGGGCCGGGCCGCAGGGGCACAGGCCUGAACGCAUCCAUCGCAG